GAUCGUUUCGAUUUCGUUUCCCGGAAGGAUCGCGCCGGAGCCGCAGUGGGGCAGCGCAGAGCGGCGGGGGGCGGCAGGGAUGCAGGUAAGAGCCGCCCACCCCCGGCUGGGGCACCCGGGGAGCCCUUUCCCAGCGGACCCCUCUCGGAGCGGAGCGGCGGGGUCGGUCGUGCUCAGCACCGGGCUCCGCGCUGCCCCUUUUGGUCGCCCUCCUCCCGGGUUGCGGUUCCGGAGCCUCCGAGGCGAACCGAGCAAAUGCCAUCUCAGAAACACGCCCGAAAAUAGCGAAGGAGGAAACAAAACACCGCCAAAUCGACUCUGAUAAAAUAGGGGUAACGUUUCCGAAGUUACUGAAGUUAAGAGUGCGUCGUUGUGCCCUGGAAACCUUUAGGAGUGAGAGGAGAAUUAAGCAUUCGAAAUUGGUGCACGAAUUCUCCUGUAAUUAGCCACACCAGAGGAGAAAACAACACAUCCUUCAUUCGGGGAGUUCUAAGCAAAAUGCACGGCUAAUUCCCUUUGCUCUUAUAUUCCCGUAGCUUACUGCAUAGAAUGAAUCCAAAACACGAUUUGCAUUGCUGCAAAGCCUCUAUAAAGGGUUUGUCCUGCUGGAUUUGCUCUGGUUUCCUCCCACGAUCCCAUGCAGCUGCUUGCUUUGCUAAGACCAAAGCCUGGACACAACAGCUAAGCCACGAGAUCUCUGCCAGCAGAAAACUUGCUAACAUUUGUCCUUCGGGUGAGGAAAACACUUUAAGAUGAUAAGUUUGAGAGUGAUUCAGCUCCUUCUGAUCUCUCUCAUCAAGUGACCGAGCAGUAACAGCAGUUCCUCAUUGUCAUCCGUCAACAACGUUGGAAUAUGAAGCACGUCACCAACUGUGGUGACCUUCAGCCUUCCCACGCUUUGGCUGAAUGCUGCCUGCUGCAGCUCCCCCUGCCCUGGGGCUCGGCUUAUGUCCCCCAUGCUCCAUCUUUAGGAUCAGCAGCUUUAAGGUCACCACCUUCAGUGCCACCACCUUUGCACUGAGGCCAUAGCCAGGCUCUGCUGUCUGCUCUCAGUGCAUGUGGUGGUUUUCUCCACUCCUGCUUCUCUUUAGGGCUCAGCUCCCCCACAGCCCGUGAAGGGGGCUGUGUUACCCUUCUCAGAAAUCAUCCCAAGGGUUUAUGGAAGUGCUUGCAGUCAACUGCUUCAGAAAACACCACUUGCAGGCAAAACUCUUAAUUUUCCAGAGAAUGAAGCCAAGCAAUCGUCAGGGUUCAUGCUAACAGAUUUUUAAGAGGAACCAUUAUCCACUUGUCUGCUGUAGUAUUCCAGGAUGUGGGUGAUGCUGCAAGCAGGACCUGAGCUCCACACCGGCUCAUGCCCAGGGGCGAUGUCAGGGGGCAGCUCCUGCUGAUGGGGGCAGGAAGAAAAGGGGAGAGAGAGAAUGGGGGUCUCUGGCUCCUGUCUGGGGCAAGCUGGGGCUGGUGAGGAUCUAAAGCAAGAGUGCAGACAGUGCAUCACAGCACAGGGAUGUCAGCUCACCCUGGUGCAUGUGUCUCCAAUGCAAGGGCAGGGCAGCCCGGAAUUUCCAUCCAUGAUGCAUUUAAUCUCUUUUCCCCAGGGCGAAGUGACGCUCGGCUCUUCCAGCCCAGUGGCUGCAGCUUUGCUCCCACCCCGGGGCAGACACACACCCGCCGAUGAGGGGCACAGCUUGGCACUGCCUGGCAGGCUGAGAAUCCAGCCCUCGUUGUGGAGUAAGGACGAUGUCAUCCACUGGCUCAGGUGGGCAGAGAGAGAAUAUUCCCUUCAGCAAACGGAUGAAAGCAAGUUUGAAAUGAAUGGCAAAGCCCUGUGCAUCCUCACCAAGGACGACUUCAGGUUCCGCGCUCCUGGCUCAGGCGAUGUGUUGUAUGAAUUACUCCAGUACAUCAAGACUCAGAGAAGAGCUCUGAUGUACAGCCCUUUGCUGAAUUCACCCUUCCGAGAGGCCAAGGGCACAGGGGAAGGGCUCUGGAAGAUGUCCUGGGACCCACCUCGGUGCAGCACGAGGUUUUCCCUUUCAGGGAUGGACGGUGGUGCAGAGGCUGCCCCGGAUGCUCCCUCACCCUGCCUGGAGCACACUGAGCUGUCCCCAUCCCACAGCCUCCGUGAGCCCUUGAACCUCUCCCAUCCCAGCACUGAGGGCGGCUGCGGGGCAGAAUCCAUCAGCUCUUUUCCUACAGCCCCAUUGGCACCAGUGGAUGGGAAAAUCGCAGACUGCAGGCUGCUGUGGGAUUACAUCUACCAGCUCCUGUCCGACGGCCGCUACGAGCCCUACAUCAAGUGGGAGGACAAGGAGGCCAAGCUCUUCCGCAUCGUUAACCCCCAUGGACUCGCCCAUCUCUGGGGGAACCACAAGAACCGGAUGAACAUGACGUAUGAGAAGAUGUCCCGAGCGCUCAGACAUUACUACAAGCUUAACAUCAUCAAAAGGGAGCCGGGGCAGAAGCUGCUGUUCAGGUUUCUGAAGACUCCCGGGGAGAUCAUCCAGGAGAAAUCCAGCAGGCUGGAGCAGCUGGAGAACGAGGAGCACGAGGAGCUCAGGGAGAAGCUGCUGGAGGUUUCAGUGCAGGACACCACGGAAGGCUGCGAGUGCAGUGCUGUGCAGGGGGACUUGUGCUCUGCUGGGAAGUGCCAGCACCUCCUGCUGUCUGCACAGAAGGCAGCAGAAGGGGUCCUGGAUUCCGAAAGUUGCCUUGAACUAAAGCUGUGAUGCCUCAAAGUUGCUGGUGAAGGCUGCUUGGUUGUUACAACGAGAUGAGCACACACACACGGGGCUAUGAGUCCACUGAUGUUGCCCUGACCUGAGAUGGGAAUCACCCUGCAGAUGUGCUGUGCGCUGUGCUCUGUCUCCUGUGGAGCUGUGAUUCAGGGUGGGAAUGUGCUGAGGGAUGGGUCUGAAUCCCAGCUGGAGCUUCAGGCUUUUGUCCCACUGGGUCUUGUUUUAACCCCUUUCAAUCACACUUUGUGUAACCAGAUGGCUCAAUGAUGUGACACGAAACAG